AUGACUCACAUCAACACAUCCGAUGCGCUCAUUACGCCCCCAGCAGCAGGAUUUAUUGGCUCUUUUCAGCUAUUAUUCCGAGCUCUAAUUCACGUUAUAACUCACUUUCAACGUAAGACGAAACACAAAUCUGUCUAUUUAUUUCCCGCCUUUUUCUUCCCAAUGACACCUCCACAAUCCAACGACUCUAACCCAACGCCUCAAAGCGAGUUCUAUUCCUUCACUGGAACUAACAUCAAAAACGAACCUAUUGCUUUCUCGCAAUUCAAAGACAAGGUUUGCAUCCUAGUUAAUACAGCUUGCAAUUGUAAGCUAGCUAAAAAGAGCUUUGAACAGUUACGCCGAGUUCUUAAGGAAUUCCCUGACGUUCACCUUCUUCUCUUCCCCUCCUCAUUCAAACGAAUGGGUCUUGUGGUUAAUCAAGAGUUGGAUGACAGCCAACUGAUCAUUGACCGUCUAACUGCUGAAGAACUCUAUAAUGACCGUACUACUGUUUUUGCCAAGUGCACCCUUAACGAUUCAAAAGGACCAAUUGAGUGGUGUGGCAGUAAGAAGACCGGAAUCAUGGGGACUACCGGGGUUAACUGGAACUUUACUAAGUUUGUGGUUUCAGCAGAUGGCCAAGUUCUUGCCCGGCUAGGUCCUAACGCCGAUUAUGAGGCCUUAUCUGCCGAGCUUAAGGCAGUUUGCAACCGCAAGUAA